AUGGUGACCGGCAAAUCGCAACCGGGCGUCGAGCCGGUCCAGUUGCCCGCGACCUCCUCCGAGCCCGUGGGCGCCACCUCCCCACCGUCCAAGCGAGACCUGGCAUCGUGGUGGAGACAGUUCAAACGAAACACAAGAAAAGAUGAGCUGAAAGAACCGCCCCGAGGCAUCUUUGGCGUGCCGCUGAACGAAAGCAUCAAGUAUGCGAAUGUGGCAAUCUCCCUUACCAAUGAACAUGGCGAGAAUUUCAUUUAUGGAUACGUCCCGAUUGUCGUGGCCAAGUGCGGUGUCUUUCUUAAAGAAAAAGCCACGGAUGUGGAAGGAAUAUUCCGACUCAACGGAUCUGCGAAGCGCAUCAAGGAUCUUCAAGAGCUAUUCGACUCGCCUGAAAGAUACGGAAAGGGUCUGGACUGGGACGGAUAUACGGUCCACGACGCGGCCAACGUGCUGCGGCGAUACUUGAACCAGCUUCCGGAGCCUAUUGUUCCGUUGGAGUUUUAUGAGCGCUUCCGACAGCCUUUAAAAGCGUACCAGAAGCAGGUACAAGAGGAGACUGAGACAACAGAUGCAGAGAAGUUUGACCAUGCGAAUGCCGUUCAGACCUACCAGAAUUUGAUUAUCGAACUGCCACCGCUGAACAAGCAGUUGUUGCUGUAUAUUCUGGAUCUCCUUGCUGUUUUCGCCUCCAAGUCAGAACAGAACCGCAUGACUUCAGCCAACUUGUCUGCGAUUUUCCAACCGGGCAUGCUGUCGCACCCGCAACACGAUAUGUCGCCUGAAGAGUAUAAGCUAAGCCAAGAUGUCCUGAUUUUCUUGAUUGAGAAUCAGGAUCAUUUCCUGGUGGGUAUGAAUGGUACCAAAGCUGAUGAACAGACCAUCAAAGAGGUCCAGGCUGGAGUUCAGCCCAAAAUCAUCAUCCCUACAGCCCAGCCUGCCACCGGCACCAAAUCACCCAACUCUACAAUUCGACGAUCAGCCUCGAGUGCCAGCGGGAGCACAGAAGGCCACCGCAAGAUAGAUUCACUUCGUCGCAAUGCUUCCGUAUCAUCUCGCAACUCACGGACUUCGCGUGUCUCUAACACGGUCCCCAGCCCCGGCACCCCUACCUCCAUGUCUGGCAGUAUUCAUCGCAGUAAUACUCUUCCUUCCAAAAUGGGCCCUGUUGUUGCCUCCGCACGGUACGCACGGGCAGGUGAGAGCGGCUCGGCCAACCCAUCCACCCUCUCGGUCUCCCACGCCAGCUCUCGUUCGGCGAGUCGAGAACCAUCUCUACGUGAGGAGACUGAACAAAAACCGGAACAACGAAAUAACAGCCAGGCUGCGUCCACGUCAUCGACCGGCUCAGCCUACGUUCACACCUCGACUCAUGGCCCUAUUCCCCACGCGGCCGCGGCACGCCUCAGUAUUAGCGACCUUCCUCGGCCGCAUGAGAACCUCGAUACACCAACCUUACCACCCCAUCAACCUCAAGUUUUACCGCCUCAAGUUGUUACUCCAACUCGUGAGCGUAAACUCUCCAACCUUUUCGCCAAAUCUCCACCUCCGGAUCGCGAUAACCGAGAGCCACGACAGCCGAAUCGUCUCAGGAAGAAACGGAUUCCAGGCAGUGCAAGCAUCAGCGCACAAAGUUCCGCAAAUUCCUUACAUGGAUCAUCCUAUGAGCCACCUCUUGAACACUCCUCAGAAUCGAGGGCUGGAAGGCGGUCUGUGGAUAUGACAGUAGGAGAAGCCACUCCAAAACCUCCCAACACAGCAACUCUCAGUAACCCUGAUUGCCCAUCGGACUCUCACCUCAUGUUGGCUGAGGGCACUGCGCAUCCGAAUUACAACGACACGUCCUUGCGACCGCAUCAGUCAAGGACACCAUCUAUGAAUUCGCGAUCCUCAUUCACGGACGCCUCUGACUUUGAACAGAACGAUGAAGGCAGCCGUGCCGAGCGCCGAGAUCAUCGCCGUAGCUGGCGCUUUAAUCGUUCUGCAAAGCGCAGUAGUGAACAGGUCGGCCUUGGUCUUGCAUCUCCUCCCCUUGGGGCCACUAAUCCCGAAUUCCAGCAAAGUACUAGUUCAAUCGGCAGUGGCGCCCAUCAGAGUAACGAUCCUUCUGGCCAGCCCCUUAGUCUGGAUGCUGGUAUCCAAGCCAAUUCCGUGUCUAGUGCCGAACCAGAGAAGAAGAGUUUGUUUGGGAAAUUCAAAGCCAAGGUGGCCCAAGUGCGCGAUGGUGGUCAUGAUCGUGAGCGAGUCAAGAGUCCUAGUCGCUCCGACAGUGAACCAUCUACUGCCAGCCAACCACUUUCUCCCACGGCCAACCACACAAAUGGCAAUCCCACGAUAGAGGUACCAAGUGACUUGCCCAAGGACGACUCAUUACGCUCCCCGACAUCACCUUUGCCAGGAGCAGGUCUACCACCUUCGAUUCCCGAAGAACCACAUAGCCCAGAGGUGACAUCAGCUGGCCCAGUGGUAAAUUCUUCAAGAGAAGUUCCAGCCACAGUUCCCGAGUCCACAAAGCCAGCGGAUAUCCAUGAGCCGGCCCAAGAGGUCUUUGCAAAAGAGACAUCCGUUUAA